UUUUAUAAUGAUUAGUAUGUCUUUCACCAAAACAUUAUCAAACUACUACAAUUAUCUCAAAAUCUUAAAAAAUGCAACAUUACAAAGUUUAUAACUCUGUAAUAAAGAAUGUAAUAAAGAAUGUAAAAUGUGUGUCAGUCUGUCCUAAUGAUACCGUUAAUCUCUCCAGCUCGGCCCGCCCACCAAGCAGUGAGGGUGCCAGGGGGCGGUUGCCAGGGGUGACAGCCUGGUACGAGGGGCGGGGAACCCCAGACCUUUUUCUUCUGGGGACGGCAGCCCACUCAAGAGACUAUCGCUCUUCUGCAGGGGGGUUCAUCCAUGGCUUCCGAUACACAGUGCGUGCUGUACAUAGAGUCCUUGAGCUGCGUUACCAUAGCAACUCCUGGCCAGCAAUCAAACUGUCAAUCAGUCAGCUGCAGUCCUGGCUGUUGAGGAGGGUCAAUGAGGCCUCCGGACCAUACCAAAUGUUUGGGGUACGUGGAGACAUCAUUUUACUAAGAGGCUCUCACUGUGAGUACCUGGAAGAGUUUCCCCUCCAGGCCCUGCCCCAGUUCUCUUCUCUGUCUGGCCACCAGCUCUCCAAGCAUGGGCUGCUGGUUCUGGUUCUACAGUACGGGCUGAACCGCACAGACUCACUGGGCCCUGGCAGGGCAGAGUCAGAGUGGACCUGUGCCUGGAGGUCCAACUUCCUCCACCCUGUUCUAUACUACUACGACAAGCUUCCCACUGAGAGGGACAUGAGACACCGUCCUGUUGGCUGGCCACUGCCACGGCCCAAGGCAGUGCAUCACAUGAUCGAGGACUUCUUGACUGAGUGGGAUGGGCCCAUCUCCCACAGCCAGCCACUGCGGCGCUUCCUGGAACACUGUCUCCACACUGACCUCAGGGCCUUCUAUGCAGAGUCAUGUUUCCGCUUAUCCCUUACCAAUCGAAAGCCACCCCUGUUUUGUCGUCAGGGAUACCUGAGGAAGCAUGGGAUUGUUAGGAAUAGUCAGCUGUGGCAGCAUGCCCAUGAAGCUGGGCUAAUGCCUGGAGGACAGGACUCUGCAUCCACAGACACAGACCCAGCGUUCCCUGAUUACCUUACACGAGCUGGAGCCUCAGUGUCAUCUGCAAUAAACCUUGACUUCUGAUUGUUUACCCAAGGAUCCCAAAACUAAGCCUAUGACAGUUUUGAUGUCCCAAGACAUUCUCUACCUCCCAUUAUAAUGUCCAUGAAUAUAUACAGAGUCUACAAAACAUUAAGAACACCUUCCUUAUAUUGAGUUCCACUCCCUCUUUUGCCCUCAGGACAGCCUCAAUUUGUUGGGGCAUGGACUAUAAGGUGUCAAAAGCGUUCCACAGGGAUGCUGGCCCAUGUUGACUCCAAUGCUUCUCA